ACCCGCAGUGCUGCCAUAGCGUGUCUGAGCGCCAAGUCGAUGGUACGCUUCUAAACUGAGUAGCGCGAUAGCUCAAGAGUUUCACGUUACCGUUCGGGCUAAGAUUUAUGGGGCGGGAGCGAUGCUAUUGGUCCGGGGCGAUAAUAGCACAAAUGCCUACAAGUCCGGGCAUCUCAUCAAGCGAACUCAUUUCAGGGUUGAUUUCACGACAAGUCUCACGAUUCUCGGGAAUCGACUUUACCAUAGUCUCGCACAUAUGGGUACAUCCUUCAAGUUUUAAUAUUGUAAUACCACGUCAGCCAUCCUAGCCAUGGCAAGAAUCGAUGCCUGCAGAAUUGUGCGACCUUGUGAAACAGAUGGUUUACGCCCGUCGAUUGGCAUGGUAUACGCUGCCACAUCUCGCGCGAGAGGCUGUGUAUGCUCCGCGACCUGUGCACGAAAACGUUGCGAUCUGCAACAACAGCGUUGUCCGUCCGGUUACUCACAGAAUCAUCAACUGCCCGACUGAGGUCGAGGAUUGCCACUCGAGCAUUGUGCCUUGGAAUCUCCCCAUCGAAGUAUACGCAAAUCGAGAAGCGUUGUCUGAAUUGGGCCGCAAGCUCGUUGUUCUCGCAGGGUGCCAAUUUUACACCCCCAGCCCCAUGCCCCACUCCUUCGCUUGGACACAUGGGUGCUGCCGCUGGUCAGACCUUUACAAGUUAGGAUCAGCAGUGGCGCCAUGGCGAUCGAAUCCUGACAGCCUAGUCAAAGCAUUGCCUUUCCCGGUAACUCAUUCGCACUUGAACAUUAACUGGCGCGAUCUGGAACGCUUUAGAAGUGUUCCUGGCCAUAUAGGAUUGAACAUUCAUCAUUCGUUACCGAGUCUUCCGGUCUCAGCUUCCAUAGCAAGAAAGCGCUACCUACAUGCGCAACUUCGCCUACAAUUACAUGUCCCAUACUGUUAUAGUGGGCAGCCUCUUGUAGUAUUAGUAUUUAGAUGAAUGCCGAUUCGAUUCCGCUCUUCAAUCGAAUAAUAGAAUCAAGUGUGUCCAAUCUUACAAAGUAAUAUGUGAUCAAGCCAUAGAUUUAAAUUUUUGAACCGGGCGGAGGGGUAAACGAUGAACGGAUUGCCACGUUGUGCAAGCAGAAUUCACACUUCGCACGAAACUUGGUCUCUACCUGUCUCAUGCACACUCCAAGCACUGGAGGCAAAGAAAACUAGUUGCCAUGACUGUACUCUAUUUGAUCAUGACAUCAAG